UGGAGAUGAGAGCGAGAGCGAUUCAGCCACGGAGCUCGAGGAUGAACCGGGCUCUGGCGACGAGGACAUUCUCUUCCCAAGUCUCGGCGAGAUUGACUUCGUCCAAGAUGAGGACGGAGAGCAAGCUGCGGAGCCGGCUGACGCUGACGUUUGCGAGCAGUGUCUCGCCAUCAAGCACGGCGUGCAGUUCAGUGGCGUGGUAUACGUGCCCUGCGCAGCACACACUCUACAGCUGGCAGUGGACGAGGCGGUCAACGUUCCAGCGGUGCAGUCGGCGAUCAAGAGAGCGCAGCGCCUAGCAAAGAAGCUCCGGACUCAUCACUACUCCGUGCAGGUGAAGAGGAAGGGCUUUACCAAGGCGGUUCUUUCAAAUGACACCCGCUGGGGGUCGACCUACGCCAUGAUGGAAUCACUCAUUAAACUACAACCGGCCAUAGAAGAAAUUUGUGAAGAGGAGGAGGCUGCAAAGGCUGCAUUGGCUGCAUCCAAAAAGCGCAAGAAGACAGACAAGAAGAACAAAAAGAAGAGCAAGACAGGCAAGAGCAAAAAGAAUAGCAAGACAGACGAGCACACAGAGAAUAGCAAAGGCAACGAAGGCAAACGCAAGAAAAAAGAGAGAGCCCUUCCUAAUUUGUCACCGUACCAGUGGCGACAGAUUGUUGCCUACUGUACUGCCUUGGAGCCCGCUGCCAUGACCACCAAGAAACUACAGGCGGCUGACCUCACCGCAG